UCCCGGCAGGUGAUCCAAUACCAGACGGUGCGAUACGACGUACUGCCCCUCUCCCCCGUCUCCCGCAACCGCCUCAACCAGGUGAAGAGGAAGAUCCUCGUCUUGGACCUGGACGAGACCCUGAUCCACUCGCACCAUGACGGCGUGCUGCGGCCCACCGUGCGCCCGGGGACCCCCCCGGACUUCAUCCUCAAGGUCGUCAUCGACAAACACCCCGUCCGGUUCUUCGUGCACAAGCGGCCCCAUGUGGAUUUCUUCCUGGAGGUGGUGAGCCAGUGGUACGAGCUGGUGGUGUUCACGGCCAGCAUGGAGAUCUACGGCUGCGCCGUGGCCGACAAGCUGGACAACAACCGCAGCAUCCUCAACCGGCGCUACUACCGGCAGGUGGGCGGGGCCCGGGGCAGGGCUUGA